AUGCCAUUAGAGAAGUAUCAGAAUCCAAGAGUCGGCAUCUCAACCAACCCUCGAGUCGGUGCCUUGCAUGUCAUCUGGAGGAAGGGCAUUCUGGGAUUUUUCUUGGCCCACUCCAAGAUUCAGGAGGAUGGGAUGGAUCAUUUUCGGUUUCCUAGUCGAGUUGCUAUUCUGAGUAACUUGCUAUGUACUCUGUAUGUUGAAUCAAGUAUAAGUGAAGAGUCAUGGUAUAUGACUUUUCAACCAUGGGAUGGAUCCAUAUUUUAA